GGCAUCGUCGAGGACGAUCUGGAGAUGUUCUACAUUCGCUGGUCGAAGUACGAUCCCCACGCUGGCCAGUUUAUACACUUCAAUCAGCUGUCGGACUUUAUUGCGUCGCUUGAUCCACCGCUUGGCAUCCCGAAACCCAACACGGUAGCGCUGGUGUCGUUCAAUUUGCCCAUCUCGAAGGGCAACAAGAUCCACUGUCUGGACAUUCUGCACGCGCUGGUCAAACACGUGCUCGGGCAUGUGGAGGAAACGGACAACUUCAAGCAGCUUCAGGAUCAGAUGGACCAGAAGUUCAAGAAGCAGUUUCCCACCCGCAAAGAGCUGGAGAUCGUAUCGUCCACGCGCAUUUGGAAACGGCAGGAGAAGGCAGCCAAAACUAUUCAAACCGCUUGGCGUGAUUACUUGAGAAUCAAGCGUGAACGAGAGCGUUCCCCGAUGUCGAUGGACGAAGAAAACACCCAAACUUCCAGCCCUGGUGGAUGGCAGAGCAAGCUCUCUGCGCUAAACUUCCUUCAUCUGCAGGUACACCGUCGUGGAACGGCCACUUCAAGCCGAGCUUCGUCGAGAAAGUCCUCUCGAGCGUCGGAUGCGUCCGAUUUGAGCGAGCUGGCGGGUCCGUGGCUCAACCUGCCGCUAAUGCUGGUGUCCGGCACCAGUGACAUGGUGAAGGACGUUAAGCAACAACACUCGAACGGUCUCGAAAUGAAGGACUCCCCGGAUUUAAAGUCACAGCGCCGCAAGUCCUUCUACAGCUUCCCGUUCUUCCUGAGACACCAGGAUGCCGUCGAGGAAACGUCUACCUCAUCGCCGCAACCCCAGAAGCGACCACUAAAGGACAGUGACACGAACCUAUCGCUAACUGCGUCUCUCGAUAAAGUACCAGUUCCGCCACCAACGACACCAAAGUCAAAGCGUGCCACUAGCUUCGUCAAGAAGAAGCCUCCACUAGAACGAGGGUUUUCCGCGCAAAGUGCUCUACGUCUAAAUCGUAAUGCGGUUGUGCCUGACGAUAAACUCUCAACGUCCGCGGCUGAUGUAAGUAUUCUCGUCACCGAGCCUUCGCCCGAUGUCCCGACCGGGCCAGCACCAGGUGAAACGCUGGUCCACGUGCUGGUGCACCGGGAAAGCGAAGAGUACCAAUCGGAGAUGGAUGAGAAAGGCGAACCCAAAGUCAAAGAACCGCGCGAUCCGUCCCGAGCAAGUGACAUCAUACUUUCACCUGGCACCAACGUUGACUAUCAAAUUCUAGGUGGUCUCGAGGGCGAACCGCGUCCCGUCGUGACGAUCUGCGUCGAAAGCCCGCUGGAGUCGCCGGAGCAGGAUGCGACCGUGCGCGAUCACGGCACGGUAGCGAUCCCGAUCGAUCCGGAACCGAUUGACGUGAACUUGCCGCGGGAUACGAGCAACAUUUUCUACGACUACGACGAUCAGACCGGCCAACCAGGGACCGGUACUGGGGCUGCUUCUAAUGCUGAUGCCACCGGUGGAUUGAUCGAUCCGGAAAAUGCCGAGUUUGUGCGAGCUGAAUCCACGACGGUUGAGAUCGAGAACGAAAUCGAGUGUAAAACCCGCCCGGAUGCCGGCACACCCAAAAAGGACACCGAUGGAGCAUCGAGCUGA